GUGCUUUGUCCUACCCCGGACUUGGGGUGGAGCGUGUGUGUGACCGUGUGAUGUCGUCGUGGUUGUUUAUAUAGCUUGGCUUGGAUCCGAAGGCGGUUCUGGGGUUAUUCUUUCCUACAUCCCUUCCCUUCACGCCGGAGUGAAUUUCUUUCAUCGUAUUACUGCUGUGGUUGAUACCUAUAUAUCGAUGGAUGACGGCAAGAUCACCGACCAUGAGGCGAUGGGUGAGAAGGCGAAUAUGACCCAUGAGGAAGUCGUGCAUCUGGCCGAGUUGACCCCCGAGGAGAAGGUCAUCGAGAAGAAGCUGCGCCGGCGCAUUGACUGUUUGAUUAUGCCGCUGGUGAUUCUCGUCUAUCUGAUGAAUUACAUUGACCGGAAUAACUACGCAGCGGCCAAACUACAAGGUCUCCGGGAAGAUCUCAAUAUCGAUGACCAGCAAUACCAGACCGGCUUGUCUAUCCUCUUCGUCGGGUAUAUCCUGAUGCAGGUCCCAUCCAAUCUCCUGCUGAACUACAUGGGGAAGCCGUCGCUCUACCUGGGCUUUUUCACCACCGCCUGGGGCUUAGUCUCGACUUUGACUAGUCAGGUUAAAGGCUACGGGGGUAUCGUCGCGUGUCGGUUUAUCCUGGGCCUGGUGGAGGCCCCGUUCUUCGCCGGGGUGCUCUUCUACCUCUCCAAGUGGUAUACGAAGAAAGAGUUGGCCCUGCGCAUGAGUAUCUUCUACUCUGGCUCGCUGCUGAGUGGCGCCUUUGGCAACCUCAUCGCGGCUGGCAUCCUGAACGGCCUUGCCGGCCACCGAGGGAUCUCCGCCUGGCAAUGGUUGUACAUCAUCGAGGGGUCCAUCACCAUGGUCGUCGGCCUGACCGUGGCGGUAUUUCUCCCCGACUUCCCCGACACCUGGAAGCUGCUGUCGCCGGAAAUGAAGCACGUCGCCAACCGGCGCCUGGCCAUCGAAGCCGCGGAGGCGGAUGUGGACGAAGCGGGCAAGAUGAGCCAGGUCAAGGGGCUGAAGCUGGCCUUCAGUGACGUUAAGACCUACGCGCUCGCCAUCGCCUACAUGUCUAUCACCGGCGCCAGCGGCUUCCAGAACUACUUCCCGACGCUGACCAAGACGCUGGGCUACAACCAGAUCGUCUCCCUGCUGCUGGUGGCGCCGCCUUACAUCUUCAUGGUCGUGUACAGCCUGGCGCACUCGUACAUGUCGGACCGCCUGGGCAGUCGGUUCUGGUUCUUCGUCUACCCCAUCCCCAUCACCAUCGUCGGCUUCGUCAUCUUCAUGGAGACCGACGGGUUCGGGCCCCGAUACUUCUCCUUCUUCCUCAUGAUCUUUGUCUUCGCGCAGAACGGCACCGUGUACUCGUGGAUCGCCAACGCCAUCCCCCGACCGCCGGCCAAGCGCGCGGCGGCGUACGCCUUUAUCAACUCGGUCGGCAAUUCGGCCAGUAUCUGGACGCCGUAUACCUACCGCGACCAAGACUACCCGUACUACCGACCGGCGAUGGGAACGUGCAUCGGCCUCCAGGUGCUCGGCGGAGUCAUGGCGAUCCUGAUGUAUUUCCACCUGCGGACCCUGAACAAGCGGCUAGACCGGCUGGAGGACGCGGACGUGACUUUGACGCCGAAAGAGCUGGAACGGUUACAGAAGACGGCGGAAAUCGAGGGGAUUGACCUAGCGGCGGCGCGUCGGUUGCAAAAGGGGUUCCGGUACAUGAUUUGA